ACCCCCGCUCCUUUACCCCCGAGGGACUUGGACUACCAUCCGAUCCGCCAGGAGGCCCAACCAUUGCCCGAGCGCCGCGCAUUACAUCGGACCUACGAAACUACGUCUUCGCCAGUUCGCAAAGGGAUUUUUGGAUUCUUGGUUUGUUUGCUGCGGAACAGAUAUACUUCGACGCAGGCACGCUUGUUGGACAGUACCAUCUUUUUGGUCAUACUGUUUGCCAUUGAGAAAGCUCACUCCAAUCGAGAGGUUCAGCUGUAAUCGCUGGUGUCACGAUUACUCAUACCAAUGCGGCCGCAACGAGAAUACCAUAUUGUCGUGUUAGGCGCUGGAGGAGUUGGUAAAAGCUGUCUAACUGCGCAAUUCGUUCAAAAUGUCUGGAUUGAAAGCUAUGACCCAACAAUCGAGGAUUCCUAUCGCAAACAUAUUGAGGUAGACGGCCGACAAUGUAUUCUAGAAAUUCUUGACACAGCAGGCACAGAACAGUUUACGGCCAUGAGAGAGCUAUAUAUGAAGCAAGGCCAAGGCUUCCUGCUUGUAUUUUCCAUCACGAGCAUGUCCUCUCUGAACGAACUAUCUGAAUUACGGGAGCAGAUUAUUCGUAUUAAGGAUGAUGAAAACGUCCCCAUUGUCAUUGUGGGCAACAAAUCGGACCUAGAGGAAGACCGCGCGGUACCCCGUGCACGCGCAUUCUCUCUUUCUCAAAGCUGGGGCAAUGCUCCAUAUUACGAGACUUCGGCUCGUCGACGCGCCAAUGUUAACGAGGUCUUCGUUGACCUCUGCCGGCAGAUUAUCCGAAAGGACGCCAAAGGAAGCUCAGGCGACUACGAACUCGCGCCUCGCAAGCGUGAGGGUCAGGGUCGACAGGAAAGAAGGCGAGGAAAGCGACGAGAGCCCAAGCGGAAGGGACCUUGCGUCAUUCUAUAGAAAACCGGCAACCCCAAAAGCGCGAGCUAUGGCUUCUUCGUUGCUCCUCCAUCGCAUUAUGCGACCAUCAGACGAGUCCUCUCCUCACAUUACUGCUCAUGAACCCCUAACGACUUGCACAUACCAACACAUGCCAUAAAACAUGAUACCAAACCAAUCUCUACUGUGUUCCAUCUUACGCUUUCGACGUCAUAUUACGAUAGAUUUCUGUUCAUUUACACUUUUCUACUUCUAUUACUUUACACCCGCCAUCUAUUAUAUUAUGCUUCAGGAAUGGAAAAGUUUAUUUUUUUUCUGUACCUUUCUUCCUUCCCUCAUAAUUUAGCUGUCGGUGCCAUGGUAAUACCAGGGGUAAGUUGCAAGUCAUGAUCCAAAUAAGGUGAUUGCUAUCAUGUCACCCUCGACA